AUGCAAUCCCAAUCAGAUCCAAAUAUCGCUGUAAUGAGCAAUACCGCUAAGGAGAACAUUAAUGUGAAUCCACGUAAUAAGCGCCCAAGGUGUGAAGCUUCCCCCAUCAAUGAAUUACAUAAUUUUAAGGAAGAACUAAAACGAGAAAUCGAAGCUAUGUUCGCCUCUUGGAACAAAAUUCAAACACCUAGAUUAUCUGAAAAAAUAGAACAACAACAGUCUACCAUUUUGAACAAAUUGGUGUCCGAGGUAUAUGAGCUGAAAACACAAAACUCUGAAUUGAAGAAAUCCUUCCUUGAGGUAGAAAAAUCGGUAAAAUUCGUUAGUGCACAAUAUGAUGAUAUGUCAAAAAAAGGUCCUCGACCUGGAAAAGAGAAAUUCUUACCUAACGGAGAUAGUCAAGGCACUUGA